AAUCUAUUCCAUCGCAUGCUUCUUCAGGUUUCAGUUUUAAUUAAUGUCUUUUCGUUUUUGGCUUUCUUCUGGAUUUUAGUUCUCAGCCUGAAGGAUUUGAAGAUUUUCGUUCCGGAUGCUGUCAUCAUGGGAAAUGCGGCCACUUUGUCCUGUCAGUUUGAGCUGGAAAAGGCCUCACUAUAUUCGGUUCGGUGGUACUUCGAGAAUGAAGAGUUUUACCGUUACGUACCGAAGGAAUCGCCACCGGCCAGAACGUUUCCCGUUUCUGGCAUUACAGUCGAUGGUUCCCAAUCGGAUGCCACCUCGGUGACGCUACGAGGCGUAACCCGGGAUCUGACCGGACAGUUCCAGUGUGAGGUGUCCGAGGAUGCACCGCUCUUCCACACCGACAUCCGGCAGGCGCGGAUGCAGGUCGUCGAGCUGCCAAAGCAGGACCCACAGAUGCAGCUGGAUAAGACGCACGUCACCACGCUGGAUAACUUUCGGGCCGUGUGCACAGUGGGCACGUCUUUUCCGCCGGCCAACAUUACAUGGUACAUCAACGCUAAGAAGAUCCACCGUUCGCCCUACCAGCGCAUCACGUACCGCUCCUACGAGGGUACACCUACUUUUUCCUCGCUGGAAAUGUACCCGCACAGUCAGGUGCUGCAGGACAUCUACCAGACGAUGCCCCCGUUCCAGACCAGCCUGUCGGUGAUGUGCGAGAUCUCGAUACUGCACAUCUACACCAAGAGCGCCCAGCAGCUGAUUAUCGUGAGCGACCUGGUGACGACCAUCAGUCCGGCCCUGCUCGGACUGGAUGGGUCCAACAAUCGGCGGAAAGCGAACGGUGAUCCGGACAAUUCGGCUCUAACGGGAGCUGCUGGUUUGCAGCUGCUACCUUCGCUCGUCGGUGCCAUCUGUUGGCCACUGGUAGUACUGCUCGUGCUAGUGUUUCGCUUUACCGGUAGAGUGCAACACUUGUGACCGACUCGGGCAGGAUUGUAAAUAUAUAUACGAAGGAAACAAACCUAAAACAAAAAGAUCCACCCAGCCCGCAAGUGCACGGUUAAUUGGGCUGUUCAAAGCAAAACACACACUCACACCCCCCACAACAACUAUAUUUAUAUAGGAGAGGAAUAGCGGAAACGGAUCUGUUGAAAUGUGCAUGUAAAAUAUAUGUAUUUGAGCUUUUUCUAACAGUACUGUAUAGGGAAUUCACUGUUUGUUCUCGAUGGAAGAUGUGAUCUGCUCAGGGAGUGCCGGUCAAACGCCAAAGGUUCACUAUCGACGCAUAGAAAUUUGUUUUGGAACAUCCUCUAUGGUUGCUAGGGGGCCUAUCCAAUUUUUAUCGAGUUUCGCUUAAAAACGGUCUUGUUUUUCUAUUAUGCUUUAAUUUAUGAGAAAAUUGCUUGCCUGUAUGGUCAAUGGAAGCUUAAUUCGUCACGUAUCCAAGCAGUUCUAAGAGGAAAAUUGUGUGUAAAUAAUUUCCACCACUUUUAAAAACCCUGGAAAAGGCCUCAAGCGAACCGAAAGUCAGACGAAGACGAUUUUUUUCUCUCAGCACAUCAAGACUGCGCAGGUAAACCCAAAAAACACAGUCGACUCUUCACUAAGCUUCUAAAAUACGAAAGCCAAAAAGAUUCGCCGGAAGAAAUGAUGAGCUCCGUGUUAUGCGUUAGCAAUAGGAGAACAGAGUUCAUUAUUUUUUUCCGGCAAAUAAUCUAGAGAAGUUUACUUAGAAGUGGACUGAGUAUUGUUUUAGUUUAACUGCGUAGUCGAGGAAUACUGAGAAAAAAUUGUCUUCAUCUGACGUUUCGGUUUGCUUGGGACCUUUUUCAGGGCUUUUAGAAGUUUUGAAAAUUAUUCAUACACAACCUUACUCUCAAAAAUACUUGUUUUUCGAUUUACCAGUGCACAUUUUGUGUUCUAGAAAGCGCUUAACUAGAUGAUUCGCAAAUAAAUUAUUUUGAAAAAGGUCGCUUCCCUGAAACUCAGUUCAUUUUUCAAAAAAUAAAUUAGGAAUCUGAAAAUUUACUUCCGAGUGAAGCUAUGGAGCAUUCAUCUCUCCGUUAAAUAGUUUCGAUCAGCAGCACUUCUUGUAUUUUCGCUAGUGUUCAAACAUAUCGAUUUACACCAGUUGACACCUAUGGGACGAUCCAUAAAUGACGUAGCAUUUUUUAAGCGAUUUUAACUAGCCCCCCCCCCCCCCCCCCCUCAUAGUAGCAUUGUUUCACAAAACUCUGAAUACCCCCCUUGGUAAUUACGUAGCUUGACGGUGAUUCUCCCCCCCCCCCUUGUCAACGUAAAAUUAUUUAAAAAUAUAAAAAACGAAGGUAGUUAUUCCCCUUUAAAAAAGCUACGUAGCAUGACAUGACCUCCUGCCCCCCUGUCGUCACACUUCAUCACAUAAUACAAAACUCCCCCUCCCCCAUAUAAUACUACGUCAUUUAUGGAUGAUCCCUAUUCGGAUAUGGUGGUAGAUUAACCGGAUCAUACUACGGCCAAUUUUAUAGCGCCCAGCGCUCGAAGCCUUUCUCCCCUUGUUGGUUUUUAAAGGAUUAUUUUACCUAAUGAGGAAACGCAGAUCACUGAAGCGGAAAUACGUCUUUAGUUUUUUGGAAAUAAAUUCCAACAGUCGUGAUGCUUUGGAAAUUAUCAGCGAACAUUGUGGAUCCGCUUCUGACUUAGGGCAGUGUAAUCAAAGCCACAAAACAGGUUGGGGAUUACAAAUUCGUUGACAUGUUGGUUCCACCUAUUCAAAAAUGAACUUGUUCAAAAUCAUAGCCGAUGACAAUGGUUUAGGCUCGGAUACUGCUGAGCUACUGUUCGUAUACUUCAGGCGAAUUUCACUUAUUGGCCAUUCGAAAUUAGAUACGCUACUCUAGUGCUGCUUAGUUUUAACCAGAACAAUCUAUCCGAUUCUUCUAUUCGGGAUAUUUUCCGUUCUAAUUUACAAGCUCCGCCAGCUAGUAAUUGUUUCGAUAUUAAAGGGGCAUGCAGCGACCCUAUUUUUUGAUUCAAAAUUGUCUUAAAAGAGCCUUAAAAUAUGUUAUUUUGAUGAAAAAAUUCACCACCAACGGAUUGGUCAAAAACAUUCCUUUCCUUCUUUCCGUACUUGUGAAAAAACCAUUCUAUCUCAUAUUUGCCAAGGUUGGGCAUAUGAACAUUCAAGAAUAUCAUUAUUUCUGUGUUUGGAAAAAAAGCCCGACCCAACCAGUGCCCGAAAUAAAUAUUUUCUGGCUCUUCCAGGUGAUAGGGCGAGUUCGGUUAGAUAUUCCCGUAUCAACUUAUCUCCAAUUUACCAGUUCCAUACAUUAGUUAAUCAAUUAGAUAGAAGAAAAAAAAAUGUUUGUGACUCAUUGGACAGUCGGAAACAAAAACAUCGUUUUUUUAGAAUUUAUGUCCGGGAUUGCAUUGUUAUCAAAAUAGGUUAUUGUUCCGGUUAAAUACAGUUUAAACAGUUCCAAACGAACCAAAAUGGAGUCUCCGUUUUUCUCCAAGUUUUUUUGUGUUAAUUUUAACAUACGCAAGACUCCCCUUCCCGUUCAAAAGCGGACCGCGUGUACUCCCUCUAACAGUGAACUAAGCCAGCAACUCACUCACACAAACGCACAUCCCAUCGAGGAUGUCGACAGAAAGAACGAGCGAAAAUAAUCAAUUAACUUUAAACAAUAAAUAAAACAAAUAUUCGAAUGAAAGUUAAGAGGAAAAUAAACAAAACCAACAUGUUUAUACUAAUGCAAACAAAAAAGUUUAGUAUGUUAGAAAUCAAACAAACAACAACCAAAUCGUCGACGAUUGUGAAUUGAUGACUGACGCGGGUCAUCGAUCCAAGUAACCGGGGGGAGUGAGUCACCCGCAAACCAGCUCUCAGUUCGCGGUCUAGCUGUUGCGUACAGAUCAAAUCAUGUGCCAAUUUUUCGACAAAACGGACCCGGUUGCUUUGUUUUUUUUUCUACCCCCUUCCCUCUAGACUCUAAUUGAAAAAAUUAUAGUCUAAAAACCUUGAACGGGAUUGGAAAGGGAAAAAAUAAAAAUAUGAUGUUAGUUUAAUAUUGUAACAGCAGCAGAGAGAGGAACAGUAAACCGACUCUUCUCAAUGAAUUUGCCGAGUAGCCGUCAGAAGAGCAUCCUUUCCUCCUACCAAUAAGUGUACAUCAUAAUUCAUAACUAUGGGCAACCUGGGCCGCUGUGGAAUUAAAUCAAACUGAUUGUAAAAAAAGAGGAACACCGUGCGUCUGGUCGAAAUGUGUAAAGUUGAUAGCUUUUUACGCUACUCGUGCUGUGGUUGUGUGAAGAGGGUGGGGGCAGACAGUCAGAUAAUAAUAAUUGUAGCAAAAUAAUUACUAAAACAAAAACGUUUAAAACGAGAUGCGCUGUUCGUGUAAGCUGCGCACGAAGCUGAACAAUAGUCGGAGGUGCUUGUUACUGGACACAUUAAUGGAUUGUAGCUUUUAUUUUGACAAGGAGGUGAGCAGGAAAUAUGAAACAAUGUUAACCUGUUAGGUUAGGGAUUCAAUAUUUUUCAACGGUUUUGUUUGGUUUUCAAUGUAGAUAAGGUUUAACCUAACUUCGGUUGUGUUUUCUAUUCAAUAACGCUGGUUAUAGAAAAGCUUUUGCGGUUCAAAUGAGUUCAGAAACUUCUCUCGCUCCGUCAAAAGAAAAACAAAACAGUAAAAAUCACCGAAUUCUCCCUUUCGUUGGUGAGCGGAUUCCGCAAGGCGAAACGAUAAUAACAUAAUUAAAUAGUAGUAAAAGUAUAAAAGCCAAAAAACGUGUUAUGUUUAUUUUAUACAUAAAACAAUAGAUACAAAAUCAAAUACAAAAAGAAGUAAAUUAAUGAAAUUAUGACAAUUAAGAAAAAACACAAAGCAAACAUGUAUAACAUAAGUGAAAGAUGAAAAAAAGUCUGCGUUGUAAGUGCGUCGAAAAACAAAAAUUACAGCUCAACAGUAGUACGUCGGGAAUGUAACUUUAAAUUCAAACCCGGAAUAAAGUGUUUUGUUCGGAAAAAAACGGAACUCAAAUGGGAAAUAUAAAAUGAUAUUAUUAAGAACA